AUGUAUAAGGUAGACGGGAGCAGCCUGGGACCGGAGCAGAUCUGGGGCCUGAGGCUUCUCCUGGGUCCUCUGGAGACCGAGUCCUCUGGAGACCGAGUCCUCUGGAGACCGAGUCCUCUGGAGACCGAGUCCUCUGGAGACCGUGUCCUUUGCUCCAGAGCCGUGGAGUGUGACAAUGGUGUUUGUGUCGUCUUCAUCGAACGCCAUUAUCACACUAAACAGCUACUGUGA